UGGUGUCUAACCUAUGUUUAUUGCCCCGAAAUGCAUCAAGAAGUCAUCAGUUAUCAAAUGGAGAAACUAGAAUUAUUUUUCAUCCCAUCUCCACUUAUGGGUCAUGCUGGUCCACCUGUGGAGUUGGCCAGGCUCUUGGUCAACAGGUUUAACCAUCUCACCAUUACUGUACUUGUCAUGAAGCUUCCUGGUGAUCCAAUAGGCACCAACUACACAGACUCUCUUGAUUCAACUUCAACUGAUGACCAAAUCAAAUUCAUUCAUUUUCCGCAAAUGGAUUUUGACUUAUUUCAAGAUUGCCCAACUGUUGGCUUUCGGGCUGAUGCAGUUAUAGAGCUCCAUAAGCCUAUAGUAAGAGAACUUGUGGAUGGUCGGUUCAAUAAUGGGUCUGAUGAUCAAGAGUCUCGGCUCGUUGCAUUUGUUGUGGACAUGUUUUGUACACCAAUGAUAGAUGUUGGCAGGGAAUUUGGUAUCCCGACUUACGUGUUUUUUACAUCAAAUGCUGCGUUUCUUGGAAUGAUGUUACAUUUUCAGAGCCUCCAUGAUGAACAUGGUCAGGAUAUAUCUGAGUUGGCUAACUCAAAUAUCGACUUAAUGAUCCCGAGCUAUGGAAGCCCAGUACCUCCAAGCGUGUUGCCUGCUGUGCUGAUAGAUAAGUAUUUCUGGACCAAAAGGUUUAUUUGUUAUACCCGGAAAUAUAGAGAAGCCAAGGGUAUAAUAGUAAACACAUUUUUAGAGCUAGAGAAACAUGCCCUGCUAUCAUAUGAUGAUAGAACACCUCCAAGCUACACUGUAGGUCCUAUGAUUAAACCUGCAAAACCAACACCAAACAAUGAGGUCUUGCAAUGGUUGAAAAAGCAACCUAAGUCGUCGGUCUUGUUUUUAUGCUUUGGGUCAAGGGGAUGUUUCAAUGAGGAGCAAGUGAAAGAGGUAGCAAUUGCUAUAGAAAGGUGCGGAUGCCGGUUCAUAUGGUCCCUACGUCGACCUUCCAAAGAUCAAAAAGGAUUCCCAGAAGAUUACACGGACUAUAAUGAAGUCCUGCCAGAUGGGUUCCUACAACGUACAAGUGAAAAGGGGAAAGUGCUUGGUUGGGUCCCACAGACAGAAGUUUUGGCUGACGUGGCGGUUGGGGGAUUUGUAUCCCAUUGCGGGUGGAACUCCAUACUAGAGAGUCUCUGGUAUGGGGUUCCAGUUGCCACGUGGCCAAUGAAUGCAGAGCAACAAAUAAAUGCAUUUCAACUAGUUAAAGAAUUGGGUUUGGCCGUCGAGAUCUCUUUGGACUAUAACAAAAUAAACAAGAAUCAACGUUUGGUCUUGUCCGGAGAAAUCGAGAAUGGAAUAAGAGAGGUAAUGGAUCGCAAUAGUGAAGCUCGAGCAAAGGUUACAGAAAUGAAAGUGAAGAGCCGAAUGGCACUGGAUGAGGGAGGUUCAUCGUCGGCUAGUUUGAUAAGCCUUGUCAAUGAUUUUAUGUAACUAGUUUCAAGUUGGAAAAAUCAUUUCAAUUAUCUCUGAAAAUGUAUUAUGUUGCAUCUUAUAUUGCCUAAAACCUUAGUUGGGAAAAUCUUAAAAUCCUCCCAAAAACUCCACACAAGAAGCCAUUGUAGGGAUUAAAACAUGUUAAAAGAUAACUAGCCCAGUAUCGACGUAAUGCGCGAUAAUGGUGACGACAACAGUCUGGUGGUGUUGAUAGCGUUAAGUGGUGUAGGUUAUGUAAAUAUAAUUGAUGUAAUACUUGUAGUAUGAAUAUUUUAAAAGA